UUUUUACUUCUAAGAGCUCUCUGAAGCUCCACAGCAGGUUGGCCUGGGAUUGGGACCGUUGGCACGACAGAUGCUGUAGGUGGUAGUCACUCGGCUCCUCUGACCCUAAACCACACAGGAGUCUACGGGUGGACCAAUGGAUUCUGGCAAGAGUAGGAGUUUGGAGACUACAGUGAAGAGAGUCUAUCGAGAUCUGCUUCUUCCAAAGAUAAAUACAAGCAAGAAAAUGUCCACCUUGACAAAUUCCCCCAGCAGCCUGGAAGGGACACCUGGAAUUAAGAAGAACAGUGGAGAAAUGCAAGCUGAAGCCUCAGCUGAGAGAGUAAAACUCACAAAGAGCAUCAAAGAAAAACAAAAUAACGAGUUAGAGAAGGUGGCCCUUAAACGGAAGGCUGACAGCGAAGAGAAGCUGGUGGGAAAGAAAGAGGCCAAGAUAAUGGAACUAGACAAUCAGCUAGUCACCACCGUACCUCUGCCCCACAUCCCCUUAAAGAACAUAAUGGAUGUGGAAAUGAAGCUGGUCUAUGUUGAUGAAGAGGAUGUGAGCUAUGAGUUUGCCCAGCCUAACAUGUGCCUUGGGCUUCAGGCAACAGGCCAGACUGCCACCACGAUGCCACCUGCAAGUCCCCGGGAUCUCACCACCCUGCCACAGAUUGACAAAUGGCUUCAGGUAGCCUUAAAGGAUGCCAGCUCUUGCUAUAGACAGAAGAAAUAUGCCGUGGCAGCAGGACAGUUCAGGACAGCACUUGAGCUUUGCAGCAAAGGAGCAGCUCUGGGGAAACCCUUUGAAGCACACGCUGAAGACAUAGCAAGCAUCGCAAGUUUCAUUGAGACAAAGCUCGUCACAUGCUACCUACGUAUGCGGAAGCCUGACCUUGCCCUGAACCAUGCGCACAGGAGUAUUGUUUUAAACCCAGCCUAUUUCCGAAACCAUCUUCGUCAGGCAGCCGUGUUUAGAUGUCUGGAGAGAUACUCAGAAGCUGCCCGUGCCAUGAUUGCGGACUACAUGUUCUGGCUCUGUGGAGGGAGCGAGCACUCUGUAAGCAAGCUCAUCAAACUGUAUUGGCAGGCCAUGAUUGAAGAAGCCAUCACCAGGGCCGAAGCUUUCUCGGUUAUGUACACGCCCUUUGCAACAAGAAUCAAGCCUGAGAACAUAGAAAAGGUGAAAGAGGUGUUCAUGAGAACUCACCCCACCUACGUGGACUGUAUCUACACAGAUACCCAAGGACUCCAUGUACUGCCGCAGACAGCCGACUGGUCGUGUUUUCCUCCCCAGCAAUAUCUGCUGACACUUGGGUUCAAAAACAAAGAAGACGGGAAAUUCUUGGAAAAAGUGUCCAGUAGGAAGCUCCCCACCUACACAGAACAUAAAACUCCCUUCUCUCCACUGACCAGAGAAGAUACAGUGAGACACAUGGAGACAGUGGGGAAGAGAAUCCUGCCCAUCCUGGACUUUAUCCGGAGCACACAACUGAAUGGGAAUUUCCAUGCCUGCUCAGGUGUGAUGGAGAAGUUGCACUAUGCCAGCCUCCUCAGCCGGCUGCAGAGAGUGAAGGAACAGGCCCAGGUGAUCAAUCAAGCAAUGGCAGAGCUGGCAACAGUCCCUUAUCUCCAGGACAUCAGUCAACAGGAGGCAGAAUUGCUGCAGUCGCUAAUGGCAGACGCCAUGGACACCCUUGAAGGAAAGAAGAGUGAUAAGGAGCGUGUGUGGAAUACAAUCCAAAAGGUCGGACGAAUAGAAGACUUCCUGUACCAACUAGAAGACAGCUUCUUAAAAACUAAGAAACUCAGAACCGCUCGAAGGCAGAAGACAAAGAUGAAGAGACUUCAAACUGUACAGCAAAACUAGACACUAGGAAGCAGGCUGCCUGAAGUGUCUGGAGAAGUUGGGGUCUGUAGCCUCUGGGUAACAAAGGCUGUCACCCAAGGCCUCAGAUGGCACCCUCUUGGCAAAGACAGUCUACACUUCAUUACUUUCAACUGGUAGCAAUAAAUGUUCUCGACUUGUUGGACUUAUGCUCAAAUUCUUCUUGUUUAAAGAGCUCAUGUAAUAACC